CCUUAGCCUCCUUCUCAUUUCCCUUGACAUUUUCCCGUGAAGGAAAAGCGGAGACAUUCUGUGAUUUGAAUUUGCUCUCCGUAUGGCACCUGGAGAUCCGUAAUCGUACAAUGAGUUAGCUAAUUCUCUCAUUUCCUGUUUGAUUGCUGAGAAAAAUUCCAGGAAACUUGAAUCCGAGGAAUCUUAACAGUUGACAGGAUCAGAUCGUUGGUUAUAUUAAGAGUUGGAACCCACAUAUGGAGGCUCAUUAUGUCAACUCCAGCUACCCUUAUAACAGUGCUGGGAGCUUUAUGGAAUAUUUUGAGGGCCUCACUUAUCAGCAUGUUAAUUUCAUUUUUGAUGGUGCAUCACAUCUUCAGGAGAGUAUACACCCAUCAAUGGCUACAAGUUAUUACAAGUUUGGGCUAUCUGAUUCUGGCAGUAUUUCAUAUAACGAUCAUGGCCCUGUUUAUGAGGUAAAUGACUGUGAUCCAGGCAUUGAAGAAUACAGAAUGCCAUCAACCGUGAGUAAUGAGCACAAUGCUGCAAUGAGUAUGCAGUGGGAAGGAAAUGCAAAUCCAACUGGACGUCCAAACCAUGGAGAUUGUCCACGGAGACAUGACAGUUCACGAGAAAAUCAGGUCCUUUGGCAAGACAAUAUUGAUCCCGAUAACAUGAGUUAUGAGGAAUUACUUGAAUUGGGGGAGACGGUUGGAACUCAAAAUCGAGGUCUUUCCCAAGAGCUUAUUUCUCUGCUUCCAGUCUCAAAAUUCAAGUGUGGGUUAUUCUCACGAAAGAAAUCAAGAAAUGAGAGAUGUGUGAUCUGCCAGAUGGAAUAUAAACGACGUGACAGGCUAAUCACACUGCCGUGUAAACAUGCCUACCAUGUUGGUUGUGGUACCAGAUGGCUUGGCAUCAACAAGGCUUGCCCUAUAUGUUACACCGAAGUGUUUGGUGAUGCAUCUAAACGCUAAGAGAUAACCAGCAAUGAACAUAAAACACAUACGUUUGCAGACUUUUGUCUUCUCCUGCUCUUUUUUCCUUUUCAUCUCGAGUUUGGGUAUCUUCCCUCUGUACGGAGAUGUUUGUUUCAUUCUUCUACUUUGGCAGAAGAACUGUUUUAGCUUUUGUAAUAAGAAGGUAGAAUAUUCUAUGACAUGUGUCUGUUAGAAAAGUUGGCGUUUGUAUGGAACUUUUACAAUAGUUUAGUUACUUCUGAUGUUCAAUUAUUCUCUUCUAGACGGUCGUUGAAUGAACCCUAAAGGGCCUAGUCAUGGGUCA